GUGGCCAGCACGGUUCAGCGAGGCGACAGCGGGCAAGGCGGAGCAAAAAGACACGAGAUCACACGGGCUUGAGGAUUUUGUGGUGGCACCUCUUUGUCCUGUUUAGCUAGAGCGUGCCUUUGGCAGGUCAGACCGUACGCAAUUCUCCCUUGCUGAUUCCGCGAUCAGGAGACCACGGGCAUUCAACGCGGUCGUUCCGCAUCGGACCGGGCCAGCACCAUUGCAUCGUGACCCGGCACGAUGGCGCACGUCUUUGGGUUUGGCGAGAAAAUCGCUGUGAUCAACGAUGAGCUGCUCCAUAAAGCCGUCACCGAACAGGCCCCAGAGGCGCAGAAAGCUUAUGGCCAAGAUGUCGAUGCCAGCGAGAAGGACAUUGUCAUGCUACGCCUGGACCUUUCAAAAAUCUUGAAGAUUGAUAACCUCUGGGCCUUUACCAACCUGCGCAAGCUUCAGUUGGACAACAACUUGAUCGAGACCAUCGAGAAUCUUGACUCUCUCGUUCACCUCGAAUGGCUCGAUUUGUCGUACAAUCAGAUUGAGCGCAUCGAGGGCCUUGAUAAACUCACCAAGCUGAAGGACCUCAGCCUUCACUCAAAUAAAAUUCAGCGCCUUGAGGGCUUGGAUCAACUCAAACACCUUGAAGUCCUCUCCGUGGGCCAAAAUAACCUGGCUUCGCUGGAUGAUGCGCCCGUGCUGUACCUCCGCCGGUUUCGCAAACUAUCAUGCUUGAACCUUGCAGAGAAUCCGCUGUGUGAUGACCCACGCUACGAGUCAUAUUGCAUUGCGAUGUUGCCCCAGCUUGUCUUCUUGGAUUAUCGGCGUGUGGCCGCGGAGACGCGCCAAUCCGCGCGGAUAAAGUACCAGGAUCAGCUCGAGGUGGUUGAAAAGGCUGAUGCGGAUCAAAUUCUGGCUGAAGAGCGCGAGGAAGAGGCUGCAGCGCAGCGGGCACGCUUGGCAAAAGCUUGCGUGCCCGGCCUCUCGGGUUCAGCCUUCUUUUCACGCAUGGUCGACAAGGACUUUGCCUCGUUACGAGAGGUGGAGGGCAUGGAUGAGCUGUUUGAAACUCUCGAGGCGCGUCUUGUCACUGCGAUUGACACUCUGGUGGAGUUUGCUGUCUCUGAGAGCGAGCGCCGUAAUGAUGAAGAGGCCGAGUUUCGUGAGGCCUUGCAGGAUGGCAUCGAGGCCAUCAAUGACCGAGAUGCCCGACGUCUGGAGGAGUUUAUUGAACGAAAAGCCGAGAUUAUCAGCGCUCUGGCGGCGAGUGGAUCGGCGGUGGACAUGGAGCGUGCCGAGGUGCUACGGGAUGAUCUCGGGGCGCUCAAGCACCAGCUUAUGGAUGCAGAAAUCGAUUUGGUUGGACAGAUUGAGGACAUGUUGGGCAACUUUGAGCGCGCCUACGUCGAAAUGUGCAGCAAGGUGACAGAGCAAGCGCAAUCUACCUUUACAGAGGUGCGCCAGCUGAUUGAAGAGAUUGAGACGCAAGUCGGGGAUGUGGCCAACGGGCACAUUGAUGCCAUUAUCAAGGGCGAGAUGGAACUCAAUGCUUUGCAGCUGUCACCUCAAGCGCAAGAGGUGUUGCGUGACAAGCUUGCGCUUGGCUCGGCCAUGACUACGGCACACGAUAAUCACAUCGGCGAGGUGGAUAGCACAGAAGAUGCCAUUCUGGCUGCUGUUACCGAGGCGCGCACCAAGCUUCUCGAGGGCAUUCAAACCAACAUGGAUAAGCGCCAUCGCGCUCGCGUGGCUGAGAUUAUGCGCUUCCACAAGUACCACCUGACUGAUAUCGAGCGCGUGCUCAAUGACAUUUAAGACACUGAUCAUUGCCCUGAGUCUAAGCCACUCCCAUGCUGAGCUGGGUAGGCGCUGCGGUCACCGAGAGCCUGAUGAAACGAUCAUCUAGCUGCAGCGCGGGUCUUAGGCAUGCACGGUGCUUGUGGCUGUGCUUGCUUGCUUGCUGUUGUCUGGGACAGCAGUACAGCUUUAUGCUUGCCUUGAUUUGCCUCAACCCAAAUUCAUAUUAUGUCAGCUC